AUGGCGUCUGGCCAGGAAAAUGGCUUUUACUCCGGUCAAUUCAUGAACCCCGGUCCAGCUCCUCGUCCUCCGACCGACAGACCCCGACAUCUCGAGCUGCAGCGCUCAAACUCGUCCAUACCGACCGCCACCUUCGAAUCCAUGUCUAUCGCCGCGCCUGCGUCGCCUGCGGUCAGCACUCCAAGCGCCCCGUACUUUUCCAAUGGAAGUUCUCUCUCGCUGUCGACGUCUGGAAAGCCCUCGGGGCCUGUUACCAUCAUCAAAGAAGGCCAUGUGCGCUGCAAAGAAGACAAAUUUCUUGCCCAAUGGAACCAGCGCUACCUCAUCCUGCGUGAAUUCAGGUUGGAUUUCAUGAAGAGCGAGAAUGGGAAGCUGAUGCAGUCAAUCCAAUUGAACACCGUGACCGGAGUGACUCGGUCGGAAGAGACCCGAAUGGCCUUUGAGAUCACUCGUCUUGCCAAUCCCAAAGACGUAGGAGGCAAGGUCGUCACGCCCCGAGACCUACCCACCCGAACGAUGACCUGUGAGGUGCGCAACGACGACGAAAUCUACGAUUGGAUUGACAAGAUAUACGAGCGAUGCCCGGGCAUGGGGGGCGUCAGCAACCCGACCAAUUUCAGCCACCGCAUCCAUGUUGGCUUUGAUCCUCAGACCGGUGGUUUUGUGGGCCUCCCGCAAGAGUGGGAGAAACUGUUGAACAAUUCCGCUAUUACAAGAGACGACUACAAAAAGAAUCCCCAGGCUGUCAUUGAAGUAUUACAGUUUGUUUCAGACCAGAAGAUGCGUGAACAGCACCCCGAAAUGUAUACCCCUGGCAUGGUCACCCCACCAGCCACUCAGCCGAACAAGCAGCUCGGGUACUCGGCAGGCGGCAACACCGUUGCGCCUCCGAGGCCAGCACCACCUACAGACGCACAGCGGUAUAAUGCUAAUCAAUUCAUCAAGUACCAGCAGGAUGGCCCAGCCCGGACUGGAACACCACCCACCAAGCCCCAGCUGCAGCGGGCGCAAACAGAUAAGGGAUCCUACGAUAUGGAGGCUGAUGCUGCACGGAUAAAGGCUAUCGCUAUGGAGGAGCAGAAAAACCGACAGAUGGAGGCCGAGGCGAAGCGCGCCCGUGAGCUGGAAAGACAACAAGAGCGAGAGCGAGAAGAGGCAGAACGGGUUCGCAAAGAGCAGGACGCCUACAACGCUUCGCUGCCAAAGUCCCGUCCAACCAUGGCUCAGCAGGAGGUUGGGGGCUACGGCGGCGGCCCUAACCGACAGGAUCCCCGAUACAAUCCAGCUCGAGCGGCUCCAAGCGCUCCUCAACAAUCAUCGUCGCUGAGACAGCAGCCUACAGCACAAAGACAAGCUCCUUCGGCCCCCAGUAGCGGUUCGCAGAAAUCCAUCCCUCAGUCUGCCUCAGCCGGUCAGACUUCGUUGCGCUCGCCAGACAGCAGAGAUCGCGACCGUCAGCCUUCACCAAAUGCUAGGUAUCCGCCCAAAGAACCCACAAGGAAAGACUCUGCUCCCAAACCACAGACAAAUGGCGUCAAUGGACAAUCCUCGACCCGGUCGCAAGGUUCAGUACAGCAACCCAAGCCCCUGAACGUGGCCAAACAGGCGCAGACCAAGGCUGCAGCUGACCCUCGUAAAGAAGCAGAAAUUGCUCUUACUGCGAAGAAGCCGGUGGAGGAGCGCGCCAAAGAGGUGCGAAUGUCAAGCAUGAGCGAGAGUGAGGUUAUGGCCAAGCUUAAGCAGGUGGUCUCAAAGGAUAACCCCAUGGAGUCGUACAGCAAGCAAAAGAAGAUCGGUCAAGGCGCUUCCGGCUCAGUUUACGUUGCCAGGGUCAAGGAAAGUGCCACAUCGGCCGUUGCACGUGAGAUCUAUCGCACUCACGGGCCUAAAGGCCAAGUCGCCAUCAAACAGAUGGAUCUCCGCAAUCAGCCACGGAAAGAAUUGAUCGUCAACGAAAUCAUCGUCAUGAAGGACUCGAAGCACCCGAACAUUGUCAACUUCCUGGACUCUUUCUUACAGGAGCAGAACAACGAACUCUGGGUGGUGAUGGAGUUCAUGGAGGGUGGUGCACUCACGGAUAUCAUCGACAAUAACCCGGUGAUAACAGAAGAUCAGAUCGCCACCAUCUGCUUCGAGACCUGCAAAGGACUCGCCCAUCUGCACUCUCAGGACAUUAUCCACCGAGACAUCAAGAGCGACAAUGUGUUGCUCGACCGCGUCGGAAAUGUCAAGAUCACCGAUUUUGGGUUCUGUGCGAAGCUCACCGAGUCGAAGAGCAAACGCGCGACAAUGGUUGGCACGCCGUACUGGAUGGCACCCGAAGUCGUCAAACAGAAGGAGUACGGUCCCAAAGUUGAUAUCUGGUCGCUCGGGAUCAUGGCAAUUGAAAUGAUCGAAUCCGAACCGCCCUACUUGAACGAAGAGCCACUCAAGGCUCUUUUCCUGAUUGCCACUAAUGGCACACCUCGCCUAAAGAACCCCAACAAGCUGUCCCGGGAGCUCAAGGCAUUCCUCAGUGUCUGCCUCUGCGUCGACGUUAGGAGCCGUGCGAGCGCUGAAGAGCUCCUCCGGAACGACUUUAUGCGCAUGGGAUGCAGCUUGGCAAGCCUCAGUGAACUGUUGAAAUGGCGAGAGAAGGGGCGACAAUAG